AGUCACGGGGGGCGGGCGCGAUGGCGGCUCCCGCGGACGGCGCCGACCUGGAGGCCUCGCUGCUGAGCUUCGAGAAGCUGGACCGCGCCUCCCCGGACCUGUGGCCUGAGCAACUGCCCGGGGUUGCCGAGUUCGCCGCCUCCUUCAAAAGCCCCAUUACAAGUUCUCCUCCCAAGUGGAUGGCUGAAUUAGAAAACGAUGAUAUUGAUAUGUUGAAGGAGUUGGGGAGCCUCACUACAGCUAAUCUGAUGGAAAAAGUUCGUGGCCUGCAGAACUUGGCUUAUCAGCUGGGACUAGAUGAAUGAAAGAAGACACUGGUAAACUGGAGUGCGUUCAAUGGAGGGCCAUCAAGAUGAUCAGGAGCUGGGGCGCUUGUCCAGUGAACAGAAGCCAAGGGAAUGGGGCCCGUUCAGCAUGGAGAAGAGGUGACCCCACAGGGACCUGAUAGCUGCCUGCUAGAACCUGCAAGGAGGUUGUUUAGUGGGAGGACAAGAGACAACAGUCAUAAAUUAAAGCAAGAAGGUUUCUGACUUGAUUCAAGAGAAAACUUUUUCAGUGUGGAGCAGUCAAGUAUUGGAAGGAUUGCCAAGAGAGGUUGUGCAGUCUCUAUCCAUGGAUGUUUUUAUGACUUGACUAGGUAAAACCUUGAGCAACCUGUCUGUUUUGAACAGAAGGUUAACUGGAGACCUGCCAAGGUUCUAUCAACACUGAGCGAUUGUCUGUAUCUGUAUAAUUUUCCUCAUAUGACACUCUACUGUAUACCUUUUCAUUUGAUCUGUUCUUGUUUGGUAGAUCAAAUUUUCUUCACUAAUCACUUUUUUCUUAUAUCUUCCACUUAUUUAUACUUCUACUCUGCUAUGCCUUUCUACCUCUAAAUGCUUCUGAUAAUCCCGUUGUCACUGGAUCAUGGAGUCUUCAGAGUUCUCCUGACUUCCAAAGUUUUGGAAGUUUUUUUGCAGUGCCCCUCAACCCUCAGAGCAGUCUCUCCAGUCACCAAAUCUAUGGAGACUCCUCGUGGCCAUCACCACCUUCUGCUUUACUUUCCAAACUGUCUUGUAGAUGUUUUGCCAUCUGCUUCGCUGCAGUGCCUCUGUUCCUUGUUUCUAGUAAUGGAUGAAGAACACUCCUCUGCUCAUUAAAAGAUAGCAGUGUCACUGUAUUCAGCUUUCACAAGAGAAGUAACAGUAGACAUGGACUCAGACCAGUGGUGUGCAUGGACUGUGAAUAAACAUGAAGAGAUUUUUGGAAGCAAGAGUACCACAGCUUACUGGACUACUCUCAGCAGACCGUCUGGAGCAAAAAAUAAUGUUGUUUUGUUUGUUUUGGCUUUAUUUCUGGGUUCCAAAAAACUGGAGUUUCUUCUGGUCUCUACUCUCAGGACAUAUCUGCAGACUCCAAUACCUCCAUAUUUCUUGUAUUUUUAAGCUUUUCUUCAAAAGCCAUUGAUACUAGAAGUGUGAGGGUGUUUAUGAAAAAUGUUCCCACAUUUCCUUGUGGGUCUAGGAGGGUGUAUUUUUGGGUGCAUCUUUUACAUCUGCUUUUACAGCUGAGGCUUACCUUGCUUCCUUUAAGCUCAUUAACACCUAAAUUGUAAUAACUAGCAGAAUGUACAUUGUUUGUUUUAAUACCCAUUCUGAACAGACUUGAGUGGUAUUACAAUUUUGUUAUCAGGUAGAUCAGAUUAACACUAGUCAUUAGGUAUAGUUUCUCCAGGUAACAACAAUUUUUCUCUAUUCAUUCAAACUUGACUCUAGUAGCAUUUGGAAAAACUGUAACAUUUCUGUAUCAGUGCAUUUCCUCAGAUGUCUUGUGAACAACUUGGAGUUGGUAAAGAUGGUUCUGAAUUCCCUUAACCUUCUUCUGGUCUCUCAAAUACUCCUCAGCUCAGAGGAUUGCUCAGAAAGAGGAGGUGGGCAGAGUGCAUGAAACUGAUCAGCAGUAUAACUUAAAAUGCUGGAGUAAAGCAAGCAGUGAAUACACUGGGAAAGAUGAGGAAAGGAAUAAGGGUAGUCAUUAAGUAAAGCACCUUUGAUUCAUGUAAAAGGAAGAAUAAAAUGGUGAAGGCAGUUGAGAAGGUUUGUCUUCUGCAGCCCACGAACUGCAUAAUUGCUACUUUUCUGUAAUUUGUUUUUUUAACUGAGGUUGAGACUUUGACCUUGGAACACUGAGAUUUCAAUAAUUUUCUUAUUUUGGCCAUACAAACUUUUUACUUGGAUUUUUGUAAAUCAUGGAAGUUCUCUGUGUAAUUUAAUGUGUUGUACUAAUGGCAAAAGGAAUCUUGGUUUAAAUCAUGUGUAAGUCAAAUAAUAUUUUUCAGUCAAAACCCAUGAAUCUUCUUUUCAUAGAGACAACCCUGAAUCUUCCUUUCAUAGAGACCUUCAAUAUUGAUAAUUCAUUGUUUUGUUAAGGGCUGCUGUCACCUAAAUGGAAAAAUGUUUCAAUAAGGAAUCUUGGGAUUAGAAAACAUUUUAAAGAUUUAGUCUACUUUUUAAAAUAAAGACAUACUUCUGGACAAAUAAAUAGACUACCAUAUUAUGACCUUCUUUCAUCUAGGUGUCUCUUCACAUGAAGUUUGUUGACAGAUGUUAAAUUUAAAAAUGCAGUUCUUUUUCACAGCUCAGGCCAUUAGCUAACUUACUGACAGGGGCCUGUUUCUCCAUUUUGGAGGUCAAGGCAGCUGUACUGUUCUUGAUCCAGAGCUGCAAACCUCCCCAUAAACAUGCCUUGAUGUCUUCUGAUUGGAUUUGUGUGCCCUGGCUUGCAUAACCAUACAGCUUGUAUCCCAGUGUUAUUAGCCAAAAGGAAUAUAGGGACUUACAUAAUCAUUACACGAUUAUUUUUCAGUAACUGUACUGUAAAUAUGUAAUUCUCUCUACUCCUAAUAACUCUUAAUCCCUUUGUUUCUAUUGGCUCCUGGGCUCAGAUUUGGCCAUGGCCUCCAUGCCCUGGCCACUGAUAAAAAUUAAAAAAAAUUGUUACUUUCACGGUUCUCCUGCUUUGUUCCCAGCCACUAAAUACCUGCUCCCCAGCGUAGGCAGGGGCACUGCAUCCUGGUGCACUGUGUUGUGGGAGCAUGGACAGCACUUCUGCCCGUAUGCCUUCUGGGAAGGGUCCAUUCACCUCCAGAAACCUUUCAUACGUGGCUACGUGCGUAUAUUUAACGGAGACCUCUCUGCUGAGCCUCUUCCUGUGUUUUAUGCCCGAGAAUUCUUGAGCAAGCUGUUUUGAUCUCAUUUUUCCACGUUGCUCCAUAAAGAAGAUUCUUCUUUUAGAUACUAUUGUGAGAAAGCCUAAAUUAUCAAGAACUCUUGAUCUGCUGCAGGUGUUGGAAGCCAGGAAGAGAUUAUUUUCCUUUUGGUACAAGCAGGUAGAAAAAGGCCCUUUAGAGUGCUUCUUGUAAAAACAUGCCCCAUUUCUAUCCUGCUGUUUCCCUCCAACAUCUGUGGGAUUUGAUGGUCAGAACUCUCCUAAACUGUAGCUGUUCCAGUGAUAACUUAUGCUAGUAAAGUAUCUUUCAGGUAUAUUUGAAAAUAUCCUCAACUUUGAUAUAAAAUCACCUUUCUUACUGCUUUUGAUAUCAGAAGUAUUAACUCUAUCUUUUUUUUUCAGCCUUACAAAAUAGUUGAACAUCAUUUUUUGGUGUUUAAUUAGCUUCAUGAGUCAGUGCCUGGUCUUAGGUCUUGACAUUUUUGGCGUGUGAAAUUUUCUUGUGUAUUUGACCUUGGCUUUACUCCAGAAUAAAUAUUUUAAGCUGCCAGUUGUGUGUAGUUUUUUUGUCUUUGGUCUGAGGCUAGGGGGCAGACAUAAGGAGCACUGAGAGAAGUGAACUGUAUAAACCACAAUUAGAAUUGCAGUGCACAGGUGUCUGUAGAUCUUACACAAUUGCCAACCUAUUUGUUUCUCAAAUGAGAGGGGCUUUGGGAGUGUGUUUUGGAAAAUAA